AUGGCCACUACUAUUGUUCAUGAUGAUUCUGAAGUUGGUUUUGAAGAAGGAAUGCUCUGGUUACCCUCUUAUGUUCUCGACGAGCUAUGUAUAAGAAACCAUCAUCAAAACCAGAAGGUACUAAACCAACAAAAGUUGAAUCAUCACAAAUCAUCUAGAGAAUCAGAAUCGAUAACCGCUUCAAGAUCUUCAUACCAAAGGCCAAAACUCGCGAACCACAGAAUUGGAAAUGGAAUGCGGGCUAUUUUUUUAGAAUCAAGGAAUGGAUCGUGUGGUACUGGCGUAUUUUUACCUCAAAUAGCAGACACAAAGUUCCAACCAAGAAAAAGGCCAGCUUGUGCACCAGUACUCCUUCCCGCCCGAGUUGUUGAAGCUCUAAAUAUAAACGUCCAUGCAUUGGGUGUACAGAUUUCACCUCCACAAGUUCAGAAAUAUAAACCGAGAUGCAGAGAAGCGUCUGAUAAAAGUUCAACCGAAAAGAAAAAUGACCAGAAAGACGCUUCUAAGCAAUGUAGUGUUAUAUCUCAGAAAAAAUGUUCUGCUCAAGAGAUAUUUCUACCAAAGGAAUGGACUUACUAA